CAUCUCGUAUGCAUGAUGCUAAUAUCUGCCAGGACUUUUCACCAAAUCAGAAGACAAUAUGAUCGAUUUAAUUCACAGUAAUGGAGUGCUUGUCAUCCACCAUUUACAGAAAAACUACAGGGAUUACCAUGACUUCCUGAACUUCAUGUCCUCUGUUGGAGAUCCACGGAACAUCCUUUCAGUUUAUUUUCCUCUCUGGUUCCAGCUCAGCCAAAUUGUUGGUACAAAAAUGAUAUGGGUGGCAGUGAUUGGGGACUGGUUCAACCUCAUUUUUAAAUGGAUUUUAUUUGGUCAUCGCCCUUACUGGUGGGUGCAAGAAGCUCUGUUGUAUCAGAACAAUUCACUUCCACAGCUUGAACAGUUCCCUAUUACCUGUGAAACAGGCCCAGGUAGUCCCUCUGGCCACGCUAUGGGGUCUUCAUGUGUCUGGUAUGUGAUGGUUACCUCGGCACUCAGCUUCACAAGAGCACACAGGGAUAACUCUCAAAACAAACUACACCGGCUCACCUGGUCAGUUCUCUGGACGGCUUUUUGGGUCAUUCAGGUCAGCGUGUGCGUCUCCAGAGUGUUCAUUGCCACACACUUCCCUCAUCAGGUGGUCCUCGGGGUAUUUGCAGGCAUGCUGGUUGCAGAAGCAUUUGAACAUAUCCCUGCAAUUCAGACUGCAAGUUUAAAAGUAUAUAUUACAACAAAUCUAUUUUUGUUUUUCUUUGCACUUGGCUUCUACCUUGUCCUUAAAAUGAUUGAUAUUGACCUUCUGUGGUCAGUUCCAAAAGCGAAAAAGUGGUGUGCUAAUCCAGAGUGGAUCCACUUUGAUACUACCCCUUUCGCAGGACUGGUCAGAAAUUUAGGAGCCCUCUUUGGACUAGGCCUAGCCAUCAACUCCCAGAUGUUCCUUCAAAGCUGUAGAGGCAAGAAUGGGUAUAAGAUCAGUUUUAAACUGAUGUGCAUAGCCACUACACUAACCACUUUACAGUUGUAUGAUUUCAUAAAGAUCCCCACACAUACAGAGCUUCUUUUUUAUGUUCUGUCUUUUUGUAAAAGUGCAGUGGUUCCACUCACUGUAGUUGCACUUAUUCCAUAUUGCAUCCAUCUGUUAAUGGGGUGCAGUGAUAAGAAACUAGACUAGACCAGCACAGUCCUCGAUAAAAUCUAUUAUGUACUGCAGGUACGUAACAUUAUUCUACUUUGCAUCUGAAAUUGGACCACAUGUGCAAUCACAAUGGAAAUCAGGCCAAAUGACUUAAAGUGACAUAAAAUAGAUCUUUUAGCAACUAAAAUGUUUGUAUAUAUAUAAAAAAAACUACUGUGGCCAUUUAAUUGUUUGGAUAACGAAAUGUCCUUCCUUCUAGUGAGGUCAACACAUUUCAGGGGUGUCAUCGUUUUAAAAAUAGUUGGUGCUAAGGUUAUUUAUUGAACCUCACCCUAGAAAGGCAAAAGUACUAGUCACACGAGUUACCACCUAAAUGAAUAAUACAGUACAGUAAAACUUCCAAAAAUGUAAAUGGUACAAUUUUUUGGGGGGGGGGAUUUUUGUUACUGUAUGUAAGAAAUAACCUACAUAACAUAGCUGGUUCAUAUAUAUAAAGAAAUUAAUAUUUGUAAACUCAUAGUAGUACUGUCUGCACAGGAUAUCACCCUUAUCAUGUGUAAUAAGAAAUGUAAAGAAAUUAACACAAAUACAAACAUGUAACUGCUUUGUAUUGUGUAAAUGUUUAGGUGAGUGAGACUGAGGUGAGCUGGAGGGGGUGGUGUGUGUUUUUCCUUGUAACAGAAGAAUGCUUGAACUAAAUUAAACAAUGAGGCUUCUUAAAAAAAGAAAGAAGCAAAACAUUCAAUGAAUAAAUAUGUUUUCUUCUGGCUCAAGAUUAUAACGAUUAUUGUCCAGAUUUGCACUCUUGCAGUUCGGUUGAAUGUGCUUAUAAAGAUCAAAAUAAAAAUCUCUGAGAUUACAAUUUUGUGUAAUGUAACAAUAACCCUUUUUGCAAGUCUAGUUUACUUGUAUCAAAGAGUAGUAAAGCAUUAAAAAUCACGUAUGACAAAUCAUCCAAUCACUGUUGUCUAAAUUCCAGGUUGACAAAUCCAGUGUUCCAUACACAGAUGGCACCCUGUUCAUUUAACAUCCAUCACUCACAUGUUGUGAUUUAUAAGAAGUUCAUGAAUAGAGUAUUGGAGGUUUAUUGUUAUACAAGACAUCAUUUUCCACAGUUGAACAGCCAUCUCAGCUUCACUGUCCUCUUGCCCAAACUGCAUAUAGAAUAAGAGACACCGUACACAGUGUAUUAACUUGUAUACAAAGGCCUGGACUUGUAUGGUAAAGCAUGGGGAUUAAAAUUAUGGCAAAAGUACUGUGCAAAUUUAUUGUGGCAAAUAUAUCAAUAUGGCUUAUCUAAUAACUAUGGCUUUCUUGAAAGUAUAUGACUACACAAGCAUGGUUUCCCCUUGUAAAUAUAGAACAAAAAAUUCAUUUAAGAGAGGGCUCUCAAAGGACUGCAUAAGUGUGCUCUCCCCCUUUCCACAUUGUGACAGACAACUACUUCAACACGAAAGGUGCUAUGUUGUAAAAAUACAUGUUCUUAAUGUACUGCUGCCCAUUUAUAUAUCUGUAAAAUGCUAUUAUAAUCAUUAUGUAGUAUAUUCAGUUUGUAGCACCUCAGCAAUAAAAAAAAAAGUGUUUUCCUUUAAAAUCUGUUUCAGACUGUUUAUUAGACCUUGCUGGA